AGUACAUAAAUAAGCCUAAAUUAUGGAUAGCUAUUUGGCAUUUUCACUUUUUUCUCAUUCAGCUCAGCUCGCCGGAAAAUUGCUCGGUGAUGACCGAUGUAAUUAGGGUUCCGCCGUCGCCGGUGAUAGAAAUUAUCAACACGGCCACAUUAAUAAAGCGCCGGAAAAUUGCUCGACGAUGACCGAUGCAAUUAGGUUUCCUCCGUCUCCGGUGGUAGAAAUUAUCAACACGGCGACAUCAAUAAAGGCAGUAGAAGUAGAACAAUUAUUCAAGUAUAAAUUCAACAACACGAAGCUUCUAGAAGAAUCUCUUACUCACUUGAUGUAUAAAAAUUACAAAAAUUACAAGCUGUUCAGCAGAUUGCAUUUUGGCGAUCCUUAUUAAUCGGGGCUUUGCCAUCAGCAACCAUCUGCAGACAAUCGAUGAUGCUACGCUACUGAAGCAUCCGAUGUUGAUGUCGUUUGAGAGAGAUUGAGAAGAUGGGAACUUUUUCAAGAUUUGAACCCCUUGUUGUGGAGCCUUGGAGACUGGAGUAACUGGUAAAGUUGCUGCCAUGUGACCAGGAGGUCACGGGUUCAAGCCUUGGAAACAAUUUCUGGUAGAAAUACAAGGUAAGAAAGUGUACGAUACACUCUUGUGGUAGGGCCCUUCCCCGGACACCGCGCAUAGCGGUAGUUUUAAUGCACCGGGCUGCCCUUAUAGACCCUUGUUGUGGAACUCAUUUGGUACUAUCGGUAUACUCCUACAGGUAUUUUUAGAAAUGUUUCAUCAGAGGUAGAGGUAUGGACUGCGUACAUCUUACCCCCCCAGACCUCACUAAGUGGGAAUACACUGGGUUUGUUGUUGUUGUUGUUUCAUGAUAAUUCUAGAAUUUAUCCCAUCUCUCUGAUGCUUGCACUGGGCUGUUAAUUCGUAUAUUAAUUUAGAAUGUCAGUUUAAGCACAUAUUGUUUUGGCUAGCCUUUUCGUGCAACCUUUAAAUGAUUCCAUGUUGGACAUGAUUGAAGAUUUGCACAAUUUUAAUUUUGACACACUAGGUUAGUGCUUCCACAAUCCUUUUAUAAAAUAUACCAAAAGUGAUAAAGUACAUAAUCAAGAGCUUCGUCUAUGAAGAGAUGUCGGGAGAGAUACAACAAUAUAACGUAGUUUAUCUCAUAUGCUAAAUUACAAGUUUGGAAGCUAUUCAAUUAUCUUAAAUUCAACUACCAUGUAGUUAUAUUUAUUUAGUCAUUUAAAUGAAUGUUGUAUCACACCCAUAGUGUGGCGUAGUUGUUCAAUGAAGUUGGGGUGAGCAUCAUGAGGUGUCAGGUUCAAUUUCCAAGGGAGAUAAAUGCUAGGUGAUCUCUUCCUAUCUGUUCUAGCCUUGGUGGAAAAAGUUACCUGGUACCUGGUGUUGUUGAGAGGUGGCAGGUAUCCUGUGGAGUUAGUCGAGAAGAGGGAACUUUUCCAUGAUUUGGGUCCCGUGUUGUGGAACUCAUUUGGUACACCCACUAUAUUCCUACAGGAAAUAAUUUCUAUAUAUCCUUUUUUGUCGCCGUCAAACCUGAUUCCUGCACAAUCAAAUAGAGUUUGUAACGUACUAACACUUCUUCAGUGUGUAGCCUCUCAUUCUGACACCAAAAUGUUGCUCCUCGAUGCAAAAAUUCCUUUCUAUCUGUACCCUUUUCUUGAUACAACAAGCGAGUCUAGACCAUUUGAGUAUUUGAGGCUUACAAGCUUAGGUGUCAUUGGUGCUCUCGUGAAGGCAGAUGACACUGACGUUAUCAGGGUUCUUCUUCCAACACAGAUAAUUCAGCGGUGCUUGCGUGCGAUGCAGAUGGGAAGUGAACUGUCAAAAACAGUUGCAACUUUCAUUCUGCGAAGAUGCCUUCUAGAUAAUUUAGGUUUGAGUUACAUCUGUACCACACCAGAAUUGUUUUUCGCAGUAGUCCGAGUUUUAGGGAAUAUGGUUGGCGCAUUGGCUGAACAACCUUCAUCUAGUCUGCUGAAACACAUAAUUAGGUGCUAUCUUCGUUUGUCUUAUAAUCGAAGGGCAUGUGAUGUACUGAGGACUCAUCUUCCUCUUAUUCUUAGAGAUACCACCUUCAGCAGUCGUCUUAGUGAGGAUCGUGUGACGAAGAAGUGGCUGCAGCAAUUGCUUCACAACGUUGGGAAUCGGAGGAUUUGAUUGUAAUUCUAGUGAACUGAAUUCAUAAAACUCGGGGCUUGAAUUAGGAUCUUUUGAUGGAUUAGUUAAGGUGCAUAUUUGGUGUGCAUUUCUUGUACUGUACUUGGGAUCUUUUGUUGGAGUAUUUAAGUUGCAUCUUUGGAAUGCAUUUCUUUUCUUAAAUUUGGAUCUUUUGCUGUUGUAUUGAAGGAAGGAGAACCUUGGAGUAAUGAGUAAAGUAGUUGUCGUGUGACUUGGAGGUCACAAUAAACCUUUGUGGUUCGGCCUUUUCCUAGAGUAACGAGUAAAGUACAGUAUGACCCACUAUUGGAGGUAGCACUCUAACGAGUUUGAGCCCUUUGCGCGAUGGAGUACUUACUACAUGAUAGCUAAUAAUAUAAUUUGUAUAGUAGUACUCAUACAUUAUAGUUUGUAUGAAAAGGUUCAAAAUUACCUUGAACUAUUUGAAGUGGGGCAGAAAAUAUUUCCGUUUGUAUUUUAGCUCAAAAAUGCUCAUUUCAUUUAGAACAUGUGUCAAUCUUAUAUAUUUGUCCAUAAUGAGAUGCGACAAUUUCUUUUA